GGGAAGCAAAAAAAAGAGCCGCGUUCUCCUUGCCGCCCUUGCCCUCGCCACCUCCGCCUCCGCCUCCUCCGCCGCCUAGAUUCCAUAAUUCCUUCUUUCUUCGACUCCGAGGAGACUAGGGGAGACCGUUCCUCUCCAUCAAUAUAGGUUAUUUAUGGUAGUAUGAUUUAAUGACCUGUGAUGUGGUAUUCGACAUGUUUUAGGAGCUCACAGAGAUUGGUCUAGCAGAUCAACAAGCUUCUAAAAGAUUAGUUAAUCGGUGAUCGUUAGAUAAGAGCAUGGCCAGUGUUCAAGAUAUUGUCGUAGCAGCUUCCAUCAAUCUGUUAUCUGUACUGGCGUUUCUUCUAGCUUUUGCAUUCUUAAGGCUCCAACCAUUUUGCGAUAGAGUCUACUUUCCAAAAUGGUACAAAAAGGGCAUACGAGAGAGCCCCAAGAAAUCGGGACCUGCGUUGAAGAAGAUUGUGAACUUAGAUUUCAGAACGUAUUUAAGGUUUUGGAAAUGGAUGCCUGAGGCGUUAAGAAUGCCGGAGCCUGAGCUGAUAGAGCAUGCAGGACUUGAUGCUGCUGUGUACGUAAGGAUUUAUCUUCUUGGAUUGAAAAUCUUUGUUCCUAUUGCUUUCCUUGCAUUUGCUGUAUUGGUGCCUAUCAAUUGGACUGGAGAAUCUCUAGAUAAAGUAAAAGAUAUAACGUACAGCAACAUCGACAAGCUUUCUAUAUCUAAUGUACCUCCAGGAUCUUUGAGGUUCAUAGCACACAUUGCAAUGGCAUAUGUAUUCACAUUUUGGACGUGUUAUUCCCUUUACAAAGAAUACAAGAUUGUAAUGACCAAGAGGUUGGAAUUCUUAGCUGCUGAAAAUCGUAGGCCAGAUCAAUUCACUGUCCUAGUGAGAAGUGUUCCCCCAGAUCCUGACGAAUCAGUUAGCGAGCAUGUGGAACAUUUCUUUUGUGUGAAUCAUGCUGAUACUUAUCUCAUGCAUCAGGUUGUAUAUAACGCAAACAAACUAGCCACUUUGGUUGAGACGAAGAAAGGUUUGCACAACUGGCGAACUUAUUAUCAAACAAGAUAUGAGAGAAACCCAAAAUCUAGGCCAAGAACAAAGAAAGGUUUUUGGGGGCUUUGGGGAGAAAACGUGGAUGCCAUUGAUUACUACACAGCAGAAAUCGAGAAGAUAAAUGGAGAAGAAGCUGCUGAAAGAGAAAAAGUUAUGAGCGACCCAAAUGCGAUAGUUCCGGCAGCAUUUGUUUCAUUCCGAUCUAGAUGGGGAGCAGCUGUUUGUGCUCAAACACAACAAUCAAGCAAUCCAACCAUCUGGCUGACUGAAUGGGCGCCUGAGCCAAGCAAUGUCUACUGGGAGAAUCUUGCAAUACCAUAUGUUGAGCUUGCUGUGAAAAGACUGCUAAUGGCUGUUGCUAUGUUUUUCCUCACCUUCUUUUUUAUGAUCCCUAUAGCAUUUGUUCAAUCCAUGGCAAGCAUUGAGGGCAUCAAAAAGGUUUUUCCAUUCCUCAAACCAGUGAUCGAAACGGAAAGGGUCAAAUCCGUUGUUCAAGGCUUUCUUCCCGGCAUUGCUUUGAAGAUAUUCUUGGUUCUUCUUCCCACAAUUCUCAUGGCAAUGUCCAAAGUAGAAGGUCUCACGUCUUUUUCAUCUCUGGACCGAAGAACAGCUGGAAAAUAUCAUUUGUUCAUAAUUGUAAACGUCUUCUUCGGAAGUAUCAUCACAGGAGCAGCAUUCGAGCAGCUCGAGAAAUUCCUCAAUCAGGCACCAUCAGAAAUCCCGAGAACAGUGGGUGUUGCCAUCCCAAUGAAAGCUACCUUCUUUAUUACUUACAUCAUGGUUGAUGGUUGGGCUGGGAUUGCUGCAGAGGUUCUCCGAAUAGUUCCUCUCGUUCUGUUCCACCUGAAAAACACAUUCAUAGUCAAGACCGAAAAGGACAGGGAAGAAGCAAUGGAUGCCGGUGGCAUUAAUUUCUACAUAACAGAACCUCGGAUACAACUGUAUUUCUUGUUGGGGCUCGUAUAUGCAACAGUCACUCCCUUCAUUCUUCCUUUCAUCAUAGUCUUCUUCGCCUUCGCUUAUCUGGUUUUCCGCCACCAGAUCAUAAACGUAUAUGAUCAGAAAUACGAGAGUGCAGCUUCAUUCUGGCCAGAUAUACACCGCCGUGUAAUCAUAGGCUUGAUAAUGUCACAGCUGCUUCUAAUGGGACUGCUGAGCACAAAAGGUGUUUCUAAAUCAACUCCAGUGUUACUAGUGCUCCCUGUCUUGACCAUCUGGUUUCAUCGGGUUUGUAAGGGCCGUUUCGAAUCUGCAUUCUUGAAGUUCCCGCUGCAGGAUGCUGUGAUCAAGGACACAUUGGAGAAGGCAACGGAGCCAAACUUGGACUUGAAAGCAUACCUACACGAUGCUUAUACACAUCCUGUGUUCAAGCCCGUUGAGGCCGAGAGAACGGUAUUCAUCGAUGAGGAGGAGAACAAUCCUCUUGUCACCACCAAGAGGACUUCACGUCGGGAGAACGGUGGCGGGGGCGGGGACGGCGGUGGUGGUAGCAAACCUGAUUCUGGAAGGGUUACUCCCCGUGUUGUAUUAGAUUGAGAAGAACCCCAAGUUUCUAGGGGGUUUGUAUUUUCGUAAAUUCACAUUCUUUUAUU